GCGGAUGAUCCAAGGCCGUGCCUUGAAGGCCAAGAACCUGAGAAGCAACCGGAGGCCCCCGCGCCCGGAUGCAGCGUCUACGUGGGCAACUUGGCCUGGGGUGUGCGCUCUGCCGAACUACACGAGCACAUGAGCCAAGCUGGAGUGGUAGUGCGAGCUGAUGUGUUCGAGGACUAUCAGGGACGGAGCAAGGGUUGCGGGAUCGUUGUGUACAAAGACGAAGAAUCCGCGCAGCGUGCUAUCAAGGAGCUCACGGAUUCUGUCCUACUGGAACGCCCAAUUUUUGUCCGUGAGGACAGGGAAGAGGGAGGCGGCGGUGGAAAGUUUUCUGGUGGCCGAGGACGUGGCCGAGGCCGCGGGGGCUUUUCUGGAGGCCGUGGAGGUUACCAGGGAGGCCAAGGCAGCAGCUAUCAGGGGGGCAAUCAAGGAUCCCAGGGGUAUCAAGGGGGCAGCCAGGGUGGAAGUCAGGGUGCAGGCAGCCGCCAGGUGUUCGUGUCCAACUUGCCAUGGAAGACUUCAUGGCAUGAGCUGAAGGACCUCUUCCGCGAGUGUGGGGAGGUUGUCAGGGCCGACAUCCUCGAGAUGCCGAAUGGCCGGUCCAAGGGUGUGGGCACUGUGCUCUUCACAAAUCGGGAGAGUGCUCAGAAUGCAAUCGACACCUUCAACAACUACGUGUUGGACGGCAGGCAUAUUUCUGUUAGAUUCGACAGAAAGGAGCUCUAA